AUGGCAGAUAAUUAUGGGGAAGAUACUGUUAAUAUGGACGUUGAUAAUAGAUCGGAGGCUAAUGAAGUAAAUUAUUUGUUGAAUCAAGUAGGAACGAAUACGUCUACUACGCAAAUAGACAGGGAAAGAAAUCAAUUCAAUGUUAACCCAGCUGAAGUAUUUGCCAAAACUCUGACUAGUGUUGCAGAAGCAUCAACAAAUUAUGUACCUUUCGCACCGUUAAUAGAAAUAUUUUUAAAAUUAGGGGAAGAUAUUGUAACGUUAUAUCAAAAAGCUGAACAUAAUAAACAUUUGUGUAAUUAUUUAACCCAACGAGUAAAUUCUGCUGUAGCAACUAUAAGAGAUUUAGAAAUUCGAAAGCAAGACAAUCAAGAUUUUUUUAAAGAGUCAGCUAAUCUUCAACUUAUAAAGGAUUUUGUAAAAUGCAUGCUUGAUAUUAGAAAAUUUGUUGCUGAUGUUUCUCAGCUCGGUUCAUUUGGUACCCUCUUUAAUUCUAAUAAUAUAGUACAAAAGUAUAAGGAUUUAUCUAAUAAGUUUGAUGGGUACUUGGCUUCUUUAAAUUUUGCGAUGACAUAUCAUUCUAAAAAUAAUGAGAUUCAGUAUCUUCAGAGCAUAAAUCAAGAUACUGAAGAAUUGAAAAAACUCAAUGAAGAGUUAAAAGCACAAAAUCAACGAAAUAAUGAAGAGUUAAAAGUACAAAAUGAUACUACGAUUAGGUAUCUUGAAAGCAUAAAAAAAGAUGAUAUAGAUAUACAAUAUAAAAUCAAUGUUAUUAAGGGAGAUUUGGCAGAAAUGAAAAAGUUCAUGCAUGAAAUGUCUGAUAGUAAAACUGGUUCAGAGAUUACAAGCAUCAAAAGGAUUAGGGAUUUAAAUGUUAGUUAUCAACGGAACUUACGUAAAGGUGCUGAAGUCUCAAUUGAUCAUAAAUCCUUUUUAAAACUAGAAGAUUACGAACCAAAAUUCGAAUGUCCACCACGUGGUAAGACCAUACAUUGUAGAUGGAAUAAUGCAUUCCUUUUAGAAUAUGCAUUUAAAGAAAUUCCUCAGAUCACCGAUGAUCAAAAAAAAGACCUUAGUCAACAAGUUGCUAUCCUGAAAGAAUUAAAAGAUUCUGAACACAUUAUUAGAUUUUAUGGAAUAGCUGUGUCUAACGAUGACCUAAAAUAUUAUCUGGUAACAGAAUGGAUGGAGAAUGGGAAUUUACGGGAUUAUUACAAAACUAAUAGAUUGGAAUGGAGUAAAAGAUUUGAAUUUGCUAUUGAUAUUUGUCGUGGAAUCGCCUUCUUAAAUGCUGUUGAGAUUUUGCAUCACGACAUUAGAGGUGCAAAUAUAUUAAUAAACAGAGAUCACAAAGCUAAAAUUGCCAAUUUUGGACUAAGUCGUAAGUUUGGUGAUAUUACCAGAAAUAUUCAAGUUAAUCUUGAGAAUGUGAGAUAUAUGGCACCUGAGAAGUUGGAACAUGGUGAUAAGAAACGAUAUAAUAGUAAAUGUGAAGUUUAUAGCUUGGGAGCUCUUUUAUGGGAAAUUGCUGAAGAAGAGAUACCGUAUACAAGAUUAGGAAUAGAUUUACAGACUAUUCGAGACCGUGUUGUUAAAGAGAAAUAUCGUGAACCAUUUUCUUCAAAUGUACCCAAAGUUUGGCAAGACAUUGCAUAUGCAGCUCUAAAUCAUGAUCCAGAUUUCCGCCCAACUAUUGCUAAAAUGUUCACAGUCCUUUAUGAUUAUCAUCAUAAAGAUGAAAAAAAAGAACUCCCACCAUAUAUGGAAGAUGAAUUUGAAGGUGCUUUUAUAAUUGAUGAUGGUGGUAUAAUGAGUGUAGAUCAAGCAAUUGAAGAACACCGAAAAUCCGACGGAAAUAAGCAAAAAGCAUGGGAUAGCUUUAAGAUCCACGCUGAAACGGGUGACAUAAUUGCCAAAUACUGGGUUGGUUAUUAUCUAUAUCAUUCCAUACUUCCUGAGCACAAAGAAAAUCGUCAAGGAAACCUUCAACUUGCAGCAGCAUUGUUUAAAGAAGCUGCUGACGAUGGUAAAGUUGAAGCUCAACUGCGAUACGGAUUCUGUUUGUGGCAGGGCGACGGUGUUCAAACUAAUUGGGAUGAGGCUAUGAGGUAUUUAAAAUUAGCAGCUGAUAAUGGAAAUCCUACAGCUAUGUACAAUGUUGGAAGCGCUUACUGGAUUGGAAAAGGAGUAACAAAAGAUCAAGAAAUUGGUUCCAAGUAUUUGAAAAUGGCUGCUAAGAAGGAUCAGCAUAAUGCUAUUACUAUGUGUAAAAAACUUGGAAUUUCUUUUUAA